ACUUAACCAUUCUUGAAGACGUAACGUGUCAGGCGGCAACGUUACCCUCACACGACUCUGAUCAGUCAACAAAUACUGGAGUUGUCGAGUUGUAUCACGACGUGAAGGGUGGACUGACGUCGUUUUGAAGACUUUUCGUGACUGUUUUUUUUUCUUCAUCUGCGCGUGGAGGUCUGCGGAGGUCAGGUUGUCUACAGGUGACGCUCACCCUCCGCCCCGAUGCUCUGCUCCGGCAGGACCGUCGCCUCCCGGCUCCUCAGGCCGGUCUCAUGGCACUCGCCUCGGCUUGGCUCCGAGCGAAGAGCGGCCAGCUCACAACAGAAAGAGCUGUUAAAGAAACAUCUGCUAGAGGUAGAUGAGCUCCGCCCCCUUUACAUGGACUUCCAGGCUACCACGCCGAUGGAUCCAAGGGUUCUGGACGCCAUGUUACCCUACCAGGUGAAUUAUUACGGGAACCCUCAUUCCAGAACACACGCUUAUGGCUGGGAGAGUGAGAGCGCCAUGGAGACAGCGAGGAAGGAGGUGGCAGACCUGAUCGGAGCUGAUCCCAGAGAGAUCAUCUUCACCAGUGGAGCCACAGAGUCCAACAACAUGGCCGUUAAGGGUGUGGGCCGGUUCUACCAGGCUAAGAAGCGUCACGUGAUCACGACCCAGACUGAACACAAAUGUGUUCUGGACUCAUGUCGAAUUUUGGAGGCUGAAGGAUUUAAAGUUACAUACCUGCCGGUGAUGAAGAAUGGAUUGAUAGAUCUGGAGAUGCUGGAAGCCUCAAUCACUCCCGAAACAUCUCUUGUGUCAGUGAUGACUGUCAACAAUGAGAUUGGAGUCAAGCAACCUGUCAAAGAGAUCGGUCACAUUUGUCGUUCAAAAGGAACAUUCUUCCACACUGAUGCGGCUCAAGCCGUCGGAAAGAUUCCCAUCAACGUGUCCGAUUGGAAGAUCGACCUCAUGUCCAUCAGUGGGCACAAGAUUUAUGGGCCGAAGGGAGUUGGGGCUCUGUAUGUGCGUCGGCGGCCCAGGGUGCGUUUGGAGCCGCUGCAAAAUGGAGGCGGACAAGAGCGCGGACUACGCUCCGGAACGGUUCCCACACCUCUGGCUGUGGGUCUCGGAGCCGCCUGCAGAAUCGCCCAAAAAGAGAUGGAGUACGACCAUGAAAGAAUAUCCUCGCUAGCAAAUCGCCUGGUGCAGAGGAUCACGAGUGAAAUCCCUGAUGUCAUCAUGAACGGACAUCCAGAGCAGCGUUACCCUGGCUGCAUCAACCUGUCAUUUGCUUAUGUGGAGGGUGAGAGUCUGCUGAUGGCACUGAAGGAUGUAGCUCUCUCUUCUGGAAGCGCAUGUACGUCUGCGUCCCUGGAGCCCUCGUACGUCCUCCGAGCGAUCGGGGCCGAUGAAGACUUGGCUCACUCUUCCAUCAGGUUUGGCAUCGGCAGGUUCACCACAGAAGAAGAAGUCGACUACACGGCAGAGAAAUGUAUCCAUCAGGUUCGCAGACUCAGAGAAAUGAGCCCUCUAUGGGAGCUGGUGCAGGAGGGAAUCGAUCUGAAGACCAUCAAGUGGACUCAGCAUUAAGACUCCUCCCACUCAUGAUGACGGAUCCCUACUUUCCCCAUGGAAUGAGCUGUCUUUGUCCUCCAUAAACAAACACGCACAAACUUCCUGUCAGACUUGAAGUCUGUUUGUAGGUGUCGCUCUCAGUCCAAGCUAUUCCGGUGUCUGCUCCCAGAUGUUGGACAAUUCUGCUUUAUCGGUCAACCAUGAGAAAACCACAUUUGAAAAAAAAAAGUCAAUCAUGUUGUUUCUUCUUCUUCAGCUUGGUGAUCCUAACAAAGGACGCUGGUAACCCUUACAGCUGCACAGGUCCUCACUACUUCAUGGAAGAAUGUUAGUAUCAUGUCUAUUAUGUUGACUCAUCGUGUCUCCAUGCCCAUGAGUGUUUGUACCUUUGAUUGAAGGCUCAUUGGGAGGCUCAGUAUUUACUUAAUAUUAGAAUUUUUUAUUUGAAUAAUUGGGGGAGCACAUGCUGGUGUGGCAGAAGAGAUUCAACUGUGCUCUUAUUCCGUGUGCGUCAUCUAUGACCCAUCAUCUGCAUCCAGCAGUUAAUCCUGCCAGAAACAUCAGCAGUAUAGAGGAUGUACAUCUUUGUGAAAAUGCUACACCAUUUCAUGUUUUUAAGUCAACAUUGAAAUUAUUUUGACAUCAUGACUUGCCUUCAACUAACUGCCAGCGCUUCACCGUCACUGGCACAGAGAGCACAAAGAUGCUCUGUUCUUCCUACGUCAGCGACCAAACCAUGGUGGCUGUGUCAGCAGUCGUUCAUCACCGCCAACCUAUGACCACAACUGUUUAGUCAAACUGAUUUUCUCUAUCUAAUUUGCUGUUGUAUACACUUCAGAGAUGGAACGAGAAGUUACGACAACAGGUCUGAAUGAGUUCAAUGUGUUCAUUGCAUUUGUUUUUAUCCAACUAUCAUCCAAUAAACAACUGUAUCCUGACUCUACUUUUU